AUGUGGGAAAUACUUUUAGAUUUACUUAACGUCGACUCAGUGCAAAAUCAGAGGUUGGCAGCUUUUAGCCUGAAGGGUGAUGCAGGAGGAUGGUAUAGGCUUCAGUUCACUCCGGAUCAUCGGAUGGCCCUCACUUGGGAGGAUUUCGUGUAUUUCUUCGACGAGCAGUACAUCUCUUCCGCGGCACAGGCCGGGAAAGAGCUAGAGUUGUCUAAGCUAGAACAGGGAGAUAUGUCUGUGACUGACUAUGAGAGCCAAUUUAUGAGUCUUCUAUGUUUCACGGGCAUGUGGCAGUCAGGAGAGCGCCAGGCACAGAUGUUUCUUAUGAUACUUCGCCCAAGUCUUCACCGUUACCUAGUUUCCAGAAGAUUCCGUUCAGUCCAAGAGGUAGCAGAUACAGCUAUAUCGCAGGAGAUAGAGACUGUGAUGUUCCAGAAGAACAAGGAGGGCAACAACAAGUCUGGACAGCAGAAUGACAAGGGAAAGGGCAAGAGACCUUUUGCGGGACUAGGAGGACCCCAGCAGCGGGGUAAGGACUUUCAUCACCAUCAGCAGGGCAAGUUCAAGAAGGGAGUACAACAUGACUCGAGAGCACCACUGCAGCGCAAGAUUCAGGGUGCAUGCUAUAACUGUAACAAGAUCGGGCAUAAGGCCAAGGACUGUCGCAGUGCGCCAGUAGGAGGCCAGCAAGGCAGAGGUCAGGACCAGCAGCAGAAUCGAGGACACGGUCAGUAG